UUUGUAGAAUAUGUUAAGGCGUUAAACUAAACAAAGGUUUAUUUUCCAGUACAUUAAUAGUUGGUAGGAGAAUACGUAUAAUAGUUGAUAAUAAUUCUGACACUGAAUACGAUUCGUAAUGAUUCUUAGAACUAUUUUUCUUUAUUAUUGGUGCUUGUCAGCCUGCAAUGGACAAACAGGGGAUGACGUGAAAAGCUUGGUUACUCAAUUGUUCACUACCAACACUUAUAAAAAGAAUGUCCGCCCAAACGCUGAUCAAACAAAGCCAAUGCAGGUGGACUUGGACUUCUAUCUUGUCGGCAUCAAUGGAAUAGACGAAAUAACACAAAAACUAACGACAACAGGUUUUCUGUUUAUAAGUUGGACAGACGAGUACCUUACAUGGAACUCAGCUUCACACGGUAACGUAGAAUAUAUAUAUGUUUCUCAAAGUGAUAUAUGGAAACCAGACAUAACACUUCAAAAUGGAUUUUCAAAACUUAAGGAACUUGGUGAUAGUUUUAUAAAUGUUCAGAUUUUGCCAACAGGCGAAAUUACUUGGUUGCCAACUGAAGUGUUUGAAACAAAGUGUAAUAUUGAUAUCAAAUAUUUUCCUUUUGACCGUCAAACAUGCGAAAUAGUUUUUGUUGUCUGGUCCAGUAGCAUAUUGGACGUAAAUGUGACAAAAGGAAGUAGAGGCAUACUUCUGGAAGCAUUAGAUCCUAAUGGUGUGUGGAGUGUUGUAUCGACAUCAGCCGGGGACGAUGUGUUGUCGUCGGAGUCAAGAGUUGUAUUUACAAUAACUCUCGAGCGUAGUUCAGCGUACUACGUCAUGAAUGUCAUUGUCCCUGUUAUAUUACUUGGCAUACUAAAUGUUUUUACGUUUGUAAUCCCAGCAGACAGUGGGGAGAAAAUGGGAUACUCCAUCACAGUUUUUCUGGCAUUUGCCGUCUUCUUAACAAUUAUAAGUUCUGAACUUCCGAAGACAUCGGGAUCAUUACUGGGGUAUUAUCUAAUGUUCCAAAUGGGCAUGGGAACGUUCGUUGUAGCUGUGACAGCCUUUGAAUUAAGAAUUCAUCAUCGGAAAGACAAAGUCCCACAUAAAAUUCAAAGAAUUUUCAGAAGUAAAUGUAAAACUCGAGUAAAAAGUUCAGAUAAAAAAUUUGACAAUCCAGAAAAAGAUAAGGAAAAUGAGGACGGAGAAAAGACUUGGAGUGAUAUAACAUCAACAACAGAUUUUGUAUUGUUCUGGGUAUCAUUAGUUUCCACGUUCAUAGUUACUGUGACCAUCUUGGGAUUACUUUCAUCGAAAUAUAAAUAAAAGUGAUUUACUUUACUACCGAGAACACCGUCAUAAAUCCGUUUAUUCUGAAUUUACCUAUUAAGUAUUUAGAGGGUAGUCAAUUAGGUCCGUGUAUAUUUGCGUCCAUUCGUUUUUCGUUUUGAGGUAUCAAAAACAAAAAAACGAAAGUGUUUUCAUUUUUCGUUAUUGAUUUUUGAAAAACCAAAAUGAAAAACAAAAUUGUUUUCGUUUUUCGUUUUCGAUUUCUCAAAAACCAAAACGGAAAACAAAAGUGUUUUCGUUUUUCGUUUUUGAUUUCUCAAAAACCAAAAUGAAAAACAAAAUUGUUUUCGUUUUUCAUUUUUGAUUUCACUAAUCAGAAAAGAAAUUACAUAUUUGGAUUCAAUUUCUGUAUUUAGUUUUAGUUAUAUAUCGUUUUAGAUAGUAUAAUUAUGGUUUACAUAUAUCCUUAUUGCAUAGAAAUUAAGAGGCUGAUACAAAAUAUUGAGUCUAAAUAAAGACCCUGAUUUUUUUUUAAUAAUCCUAGAUUCCAAUACGGAACUGUAUUGUAUCAGUAACUACCUAUUAUCAAUGAUUUACAAUAUUUCUUACAUAAUGUCAUUGUGCAUCUCAUGUUGCCUGUUCAUUUAGAUGAUAAUUUGAAAACGGCUACUUUCUUUAAAAAAACAACUUCCUAUUUAUUACAUGUAAGUCUUAGUUAAGUAUUAUUUCAUUGCAAAUAAAAAAUAUGGACAAAAAUUUAGCUAAAAUUAAUCUUCUCUUUAAUUCCAAUAUUUAAGAAAGGAAAUCCUGACGAUCCUAAAAACUACAGAGGUAUUUCAUUGGUGUCACAUCAAGGAAAACUAUUUACGUCGUUGAUUCAUUCAAGACUUAUAACACCGUGCAAGAUUAACAACACUCUGACAGAUGCACAGUUUGGAUUCCGUCCUGGAUACGGCACUUCUGAUGCCAUCUUCUGUCUUCAUUCUUUGAUUUCUAAGUCGUUAAGAAAGGGUAAACGCUUGUACUGUUGUUUCAUCGAUUAUAUUAAAGCCUUUGAUAGUGUUUUUCAUGUAAAGUUAUGGUUUAGACUAGUUAGAUGUGGAGUUAAUGGUAAACUUCUUACUGUAAUUAAAUCUAUGUAUUCAAAAUUAAAAACUUGUAUAAAGUGUAAUGGAAAACUUUCAGAUUUUUUCGAUGUAAUACUGGCUUGAUGCAAGGGGAAUCUUGACCUCCAUUAUUAUACUCAGUGUAUGUUAAUGAUAUGGAAGUAGAGCUAAUUAAUAAUGGCUGUCGGUCAUAUGAAUUGAAAUCUUUAAAUUUAUUCUUACUUAUGUACGCACUUUUAUUUAGCGAGAACAUAGAUGAUUUGCAAAAUAUGAUAAAUGCUGUAAACUCUUCUUCAAAGGAAUAUGGUUUAUAUAUCAAAACGUCUAAAACUAAAGUAGUCGUGUUUCGAAAUAGAGGUAGUGUAAAAAGUCAAGAAAAAUGGUUUUUAAAUAAUAACCAACUUGAUAUAUGUGACAAUUUUGUAUAUUUAGGUAUCCUUAUUAAUUAUAAUGGUAGCUUUUUACAUACACAAAAAAAUGUUAGCCAAUCAAGGUAGAAAGGCUGUUUUUGCUUUAUGUAGUAAAAUUGUAGAUGAUUAUUAUAACUGUGAAACGUUACUGUCCUUAUUUGAUACUUAUGUAUCUAGUAUUCUUAAUUAUAGCUGUGAAGUGUGGGGUAAUCAUAAAGCUGAUGAUAUAGAAAAAGUACAUUUGUAUUUUUUAAAACGAAUUCUGAAAGGUUCGAAAAACUGCUGUUAUUUACAUGGUUUACUGUGAAUUGGGACGUUACCCAAUGUAUUAUGAAAGACAAAGAAAAAUGAUUCAGUUUUGGUUUAAAUUAUUAAAUACUGAUAACUGUAUAUUAAAAGCAUGUUAUGAAUAGAUGUUGGAGAGUUCAUUUAAAAAACCCAAAGACAAAUUUAAUUGGGCAUGUUCAGUCUGAGAUAUUUUAUGUAAAUAUGGUUUUAUGAUGUAUGGCUAAACCAAAGCGUAAAUAAUGUUGAUAUAUUUACACAUGAGCUUAAACAACGAAUGAAAGAUACCUUUAUCACUGAUGUUAAUGCGUUUUUUAACAAUUCAUCUAAAUGUAAACUUUAUAGAUAUAUAUAUAUAUAUAUGACACAGAUAUAUUGCAAUUUUAUUGAGAUAGACCUGUUAAUCAAAUAUAUAAACAUUAUAUAUGUAAAUAUCGUAUCUCUGCCCAUAGCCGUACUUUGACCUAUAAUGUUUUACAUUUUACACAUUGUGACUUGGAUGGAGGGUUGUCUCAUUGGCACUCAUACCACAUCUUCUUAUUUCUAUGUAAUAGUUAAUAUACAAAAAUUGGGAGAAUUUUUUACAUGAUUUGUACACUAGAACUGUUUGGUUUGUAAUAUAUAUACCCUGACUCUAGAAAUUUAAAUUCGAUGUUAAUUAUCACUCCCAAAAACUUCAAAAUCAUAUUCGUUAAUAUCUGAUAAUGAAUUUUUUAUUUGGUUUCGGUACAAGGGAUUGUCGAGAAAAUAUUAAUCCGGAGAUUAUAUGAUAUAAUGAGUAUAUCUAAUAUAACUGGAACCACAAGGAUAUAUUGGCGUAUAGAAAUUUGGUCAUCCUUUUGUUUUUGUCCAUCCGGCAGUAACACCUUGACUAUAUGGGGCGUCCAUUUGGCUGUUCGGGACGUAUAAAUUUUGACGUCCGGUCAGAAUGUAUUUAAGGAUAUUUGGGGUAAAGAUUUAUGAGACAGCUACCCAAACAACCAAAAGAUAUCUAGGGGUAAAUAUACAGUCUUCCUUAAUAGACAAGUGUCUAUACAAUAUGUCAAUGAAUAAAUUUAUCCAGAAGCAUUUGAAGACCUCAUAUCAGCAGAUAGCAAAAUGAAACCCUUAAGCUAUGGCAUAGUACAACCACUGAAGAUACAUAUUUGCGAGAUUAAAAUAGUUUUAUUUAUCUCAAACGGCCUUCAUUUUAGAUGUCGAUCAAUCAACAAAUAAAAGAUACAUUAUAGAACAUAUAAUUCAGUGUACAGGGAAAAUGAGGUCGUUUUAUUAUGGUUAAAUUCAAUUUUUGAAAUGCAUUACUUUUUAAGUUUUUGGUAUUGUCUAAACUUGUUGGCGAGUUCCCAUUUAGAUAAGUUAUACCAACGUGUGUAUGUAUAUGGCAUUCGAAUUUAAUGUUAUAUAUUUCAACAAUGAAUAGCAAAGAGACUUAAUUCAAUAGAGUAUAGCUAUCUGCAUCAACAUUACAUGAAGACUAUUCUAAACGUGUAACUUUUAUUCACAUUAUUUAUGGAAAUAAAGGCAUUCAGCUUUUUUCAUUUAUA